AAUGUCCUUCGCCAUCAAGAUAGCGUACUAUCUUGUAGACUAGAACAACAAAAGUGACCUACAAAACGUCGGACUUCGUUUAAGAUGGAUCCGAGGAAGAUGGCUCCGGGAUACACGGGGGAGGAACAUCCGGAAGUUGUCGAUAUCCGGGCUAUGCCACCUCAACCGAAGGAAUUGAAACCAGGUCAAGUUCCGGAAAACUUGAUCAAGCAGUACUUUGAAGAGGGUUACUUCCAACUGGAUAAGUUUUUUGACCUGGCCACAGAAUUAGAUCCGUGUAGAGAAGCUAUCGGAGGACUGGUGGAUGAGCUAGCGCAAAAGCUGUACAAAGGCGGCAAAAUCAAAAGUUUGCACGAGGAUUGUGGGGUUUUUGAAAGACUCACGAAAUUGGAUGAAGAAUUUCCCGGUGCUAACAUUAUUCUUCACAAGACUGGAAAGCUUCCAGAGGCGUUUAUGAAAGUGUGGGGCAAUGAGCGAUUGUUAAACUUAAUGGAACAAAUUCUGGGACCGGAUAUCGCUGGAAUGCCGGACUGGAGUCUGCGGUGUAAGAUACCAAAAGCAGAUGCGGCAACAGUCCCCUGGCACCAAGAUUUGGGUUAUCAGAGUGUUGAUGCCUAUCAAACCCUUGUGGUGACAGUGUGGAUUCCAUUUGUUGAUUCGAAUGAACAAAACGGUUGUUUGCAGAUAAUACCACGUGGUCACUUGAAAGGCAAGGUUGGACGUCAUUACAGUUGUGUUGGUGACACGUGGUACGUGAAUUUACCGGAAGAGGAAUUGAAAAAUAACUUAGGAGUUGAUGUUAAGGAUGCCAAGACUUGCCCGGUGCCGUAUGGUGGUAUUUUGGUCUUCAGUAACUUCUUACCCCAUCGAAGUCUAGAGAAUUAUUCUAAUGGAAUUCGAUGGAGUGUCGACUUUCGGUUCAAGAAAACAGGUCUCCCUAACGGCAUGCAUGGCCUGAAGAAUGACGUCAUACUUCGAUCCUCAAAGGACCCGGACAUGAAAAUCGACUGGAGUAUGUUUAAUGCCGUGGAACGUCUCAAAAUUAAAAAGAACUCAGAUGGUUCCAUUGUUGAUAGAAAGGAUGAUGACUUCGACACCACGAUUUCCGGUCCCUGGAUCCGGAAAUGGGAGCUUGUCAAUUCAAACAGACACACGGACCAAGCGUGGAAAGAAUAUAUGUAAAACGAACGGAUGAACACUGCCAUACGUGCAAUGUUACAGAAACUUCAAAAACCGUUCAAAUAAUACUGAAAAUUGAUUUGUGAUUGUUAGUUUUUUUCUAGUGAAUGAUAUAAAGAUAAUUUGUUUCUAUGAUAUAUAAUAGUGCAAAUUGAACAAAAAUAAAUGUAACUACGAUAUGUACUCAUAUACAAUAAAACAAACUCUGUUAAUAUAACAGAAAUUAUUGUGAUUUUUAAAAAUAUACUUUAAUGAAUUGCAUUCUACAUAUACGUGAAGUAGCAUUGUGAGAAUCAGAUCGAAAUCAUCUUAGAAUAUUGUAUGGUCAA